UAAACUUGAUCUUAACUAUCUUCUGCCUGAAAAUAAAGCCAAUCAACUGACAAAAAUGAUGGAUAUCUACUCAUCACAUGAACAAUCCAUUCAAAAAGAGGAAAUUUACCAUGUGAAAGAUUUGCCAGUAGGUGAAGCAAAAGAAAUCAGUUUGGAAUCAUCAUGGAAAUUAUUUACAGACCAUGUAAACUGGAAUGAGUUUCCGAUUGGUUGUAUACCAGGUUGUAACAUUACCUAUGGCAGUUUAAGGUUAGGAGAUACAACACCUGAGGACCAAGUAGAAGAGAGUUUAGAUCAGAGAACUGUAGAUGACAUGGAGUACACACAAGACUCCAGUUUUAAUAUGUCCACUGUUCAAGAUUCCUUCCCAAAGAACACUUGGACACAACAAGAGAUAAACAAAAUUCAAAACCUUGUACAGAUUUUAUGAUGCAAAAAUAAAAAAAUGAAAUUUUAAACUCCAA